GUGACAGGAAGGAGAUGCAAAACCUAAAAAAAGAGGGUGUGGAAAACCUACCUCAUACGCGAAAUGUGUCCAGCUUUGUUUCUGGAACCUGACUUGCUUGCGUUUUGUAGUCGACUGGCACUAUCUGAAUAUGAUUUUCAUAUACUGAGCAUGCGCCAGCCAUCCAUCUUGACAUGAUGGCUGCCUUCGGUGAUGCACCGACGCCGAGCGCACCUUCCAAUCCGCGGGUUCCAAUACCAGCGAAUGCAGACGAAGAGACCCGACAGAAGCUCUGGAGUAUAACCACAGAAUACGAGCAUUUGCUACAGCUUCAAAAUUACGAUCGAUUCCUGCCCCGCGAGCUCUUCUGUUGCUGUUCUUGUAUCGCUGCCAUUUUCGAGCAGCGUUUGCUCGCCCUUUAUACACCUCUUUCUAGCUCUAAUGUAUUGAACACUUUGAGUCUGUCCUCGCAUCGAAAACCAAAGCCAUCGAGCAGCUGGAAGGCGGAAGGAGGCCGUUUGACUUUGGCGAUUCAGGCGUCUUCAACGUCGCUAUCGAAGAGCGUGACAGGGAACUUCGGCUUUACAAGUGCCUUCUGGAGAUUCGGGAUAAGCAGGUGCAGUCGCUCUUUAUACCUUUGCUUUCCCUGUCUAUUCCUGCCGGUCACCUCUUCCGAGUUUCCCCUAGGCGCCGCUUCUAGGCACCAUUCUGGUUUGUUCUUGUUGCUUUGGCCUCUCUUUUCUAUUAAUCCGCACUUCGAAAGAAAUCGCACAUCCUCUCUCAGCUUAUGGAGUUGCAGCAUGUACUGGACUAUGGGGGCAACAAUGCGACAGAGAUGUCUGAAUUUGCCAUGGAAAAAAAUGCGCAGAUACAGACAUUGAUGGAUGAGCUACAGGUCCUGCGCGAGGAAGUUCUACAGAUGGUAGAAACUAGGAUGACGUCGUAAUGCUGUCUACUUCAAAUAUCGUGUCAAUCAUCGCGUCUCCCUUCUAGAAAACGUUUAUUGUUCGACUACAGAUUUUUGCUUUUCGCUAUCGCUUUCAUGUGCGAACAGUAACUUUGAGAAACUCCAGUACCCCUUUUCCGCAAAGCCAUGCGUUACGUUUCACAGAAAAGCAGCAGUCCGGCAACCAUCGGAGGUGGAGACGCUGGGGGUGGUCCAGCGGCUGAGGCGGCAAGAGAGGAAGCGGAUAAGCUGCGAAAAGAAAACUAUGAUGCGAAAAUGUUCACAGCUAGGCUUACAUGCGAGACUGAGCAGGAGAUAUUCAGCACCAUAUUCGUAAUUGUCGUAAGUAGUAUUUGCUUGUCUCUUCGUCUUCAUACUCUAAUCUGCGGAGGAGCUCGUUCGGAUGCUAGUACAAAAAGAGCGACAGAUAAAUGCAAUUAGUAGCGUUGAUAGUGUAGGAACGGAUAUUGGGGCGUUGCAGUUGGGCGCGCGCGCAAUCUCGAUGUACACGGAAGCCAUGAAUCUGCGACAAGAAAUAAAAGACCGCGAAAGCCAAAUUCAUGCGCAGAGCCAAGAGCUAGCGGACUACGAACUUAGGGGUAUCUCAUUGAGCGAGCAUUUUAGCUACCGACUCAUCAAAAAAUUGACCCUAUCUAUCCCUAUGUAUUGCCUUCAAGUCGUGAAGGAAAACUAGGGGACAGAAUGCGAGCACUAAAAUGGUACGGGGACGCAAGGGCUGAUACUGAUUCAAGUCGUGGAAUUUUACAUCCAAGAUUACUGGCGACUCCAUGUGAACCUCUUUUUUCCUUUGUCCAGAAAGAUAAACAAAAUCCAGAUCAGCAACGUGCACACGAGUUGGAAUUAAAGCGAGCUGAAAUAGCGGAAUUUAGUCAGCAAAUAUCUGAGAAAACGCGGCGCAUGGUUGACCUCGAGAACACUCUGCAGAAUGCGAAAGGCGAAGUGGCGGAAAAAACACGAGAAAUAGAGGGAUUGUAACUUUUUCAAAGUUGUAUGCGAUUAACCGAAUUUUUUUACGCCUGAUUUCGAGAUCACACGUAGAACAGUGGCACUUCGCAACAAUCCUAAAUAGUUGCAGUUGAUGUCGUGGACUUACUUCUUCUAGUUUGAUAAUGAAAUGCCAGUACUUAACGUUCAGUUUUUUCCCUAUUCACUUAUCGUUAUCUCGUCACUGCCAUCGAUAUAGAUAUGAUCUUCUCUGAGGUGCGAUGCCGUAGAGCAGGCGCGGAAGAAUACACUCGCGGAGCAGGGGGCAAAAAAUCGGAUAAUUGAGGAGCUCCGGGAGGAGCUCGCUUCCCGAGAUAAGUCAGUUUUAGAGGAACGCGCGGAGCGCGUUCGCAUGGAAGCGCUCAAUGAAGAACUGCAAGUGAAAUCAACGGAGACUCUGCUUACGGCUGAUUUUUUUGUCGCGUUUCACUCGUGGUUUGUUACUUUUGAUGCGCUCUGCUCCAACGACCUGUGAACUACUGACACUGAUAGAUGAUAGGUUUAAAGAUCACUACAGGUGCAGCACGUCUGACAAAGAACUAUGUGCUAUAUUUUUGAUUUUCAAUUAUGAGCUUGAUCCUCCUAACGUGCAGCAGUUGAAGGAUGCCCAGACCACGAUGGAUCAGAUGAUGGCGCACACACAAUACCAGGGUCAGCUAGUCAGAGAUAUGACGACACAGGUAGUAGCUCUAGCCGCAAUGCAUCUAGAGGAAUACAACAAUGUAGAAGACGAUCAGUGCUUUGCGAUGGUCGCUUGACGCAAAUUUUUUGGUCAGCAAGUGAGCAUAUAUUAUGAGCCACGAUUUGGCGGCCAUCAGUACUAAUUAAAUACUAUGAGAAUCUCAGUAGAGGACUAGUUCUAGUGUACUAAAGUGUUUUAUAGGGACCGAAGUUCCAAUAAGAACGCCAGGUCCAAGAGUCGGAGAGCAAAUUGCACGAGCUACAAGUGCAGGAGAUGUACGAGAAACGGAAACGCGCUUUAGAGGCGAAAAUCCGGGAACAGGAAACGCAGCAGGUCAUUCAGUCGAAAGAGAUCAUGCUGAACCAGAUGAGCUUAGAGCUGAACGACACGAAGGAUAGGCUAGGUACUAAGGAUUUAAUGUAUAGGAACAGUGUAAUGUUCGCUGGUCUCUUCUACUUCCACAUCGAAGAUAACUACUACGACGAGAUGGUGAAGGAUGGCAUUCCUCUGUACUAGGUAACAUUCGUCGUGACUUGGAUGGUGGCAAUGCGUUGUCGGGAUUAGGAAGGUCGCGAGGUCGAAUGAACCGAUCUCAGAUUUCUGAAUUUAGUCCGAAGUCACAGUUAUCGCCAAAGGGCGAUGAAACAGGGCGUCAGUUAAUGGAUGCGCUUACAUUAACAAAGACGAAUGCCUCAGCGACUGCAGUGCCGCCAUUGACAGGUUUCCUGCCUAGUGUGUUGGAUGAACAACAAAUUCUUGUUAUUGUUUCGGAGGUACUCGUUAAUAGAUUAUAGUCACUUUUCAAAAGUCAUUUCAUCUUCAUCAACCAACAGCCCGAACCAUCCAAUCAUCGAAUCUCACGAUCCUCCUCCUACAACUAAGUACAUUUGCAUCCUGAGUUCGUUUAUCUUCUCUGCUGCAGCCAUUUCCGCAGCAGUGUCUUCUAGUGGUGCAGUUACAGGAGCCACCCCAUCAGCUCUGCAGCUCGCAAAUGCAGCACCAUUAAUGCAAAGCGCACCAGGAGUGUCUUGGAACGAAAAUUCAGUCACAUCACUGAUGUCAAACCCGGAAGGCGAGCCACCAACCUACAACGCCUACCCAGACGACUUGCUUGACGCACAUCUAGCGAAUUACCUGUUGGAGAAUCCAAAGCAUGUGCCACUCUUUUGUUAAGAACGACUGCACUAGUCGUGCCUGCUCUACAUCAAUGAGUGGCGGAGUUGUACUACGUUGUCAACAAUUAAACUGUGAUUCUACAAAAAUAGUGACGAUGAUGAAAUCCAGAAGAAGUAUUGACACUUAAAUGAGUGAGUAAAAGUAAUUCUUCUGUCAGACCGUCUCCUGUGUCCAAUCAUGAAGCUUCGGGUCUAAUUUUUUCGUCUCUCACACGGGCAAUACCUCUAUGGAACGCACCGUGUGACUAUGCGCUUACUGGACCAACCAAAUGGGACACGGAUUAUCCAGGCACAGUCCGCGCCUGGGGAAUGGAUUCUGCUAGAAGAGCUGCUUCGUGACAAGCUAGAACAGGCACAGCAACUCUACGCCGCGAGCGGAGCAUCUUCAGUCUGAUAAAUAGCAGGACAUGGCACGGAGAUCAAUCUACACCAAGGACUCAUGGAAGUAGAAAAUGAAAAUUGGCAUCUUAUGGAAUACCCUUAUCGUUUUUAUAUCCUUGGGAAAGUAAUUGUGCUGCUUCGUCUAUUGAAUAAAAACCUCUAAUCACCAACAUACAUCAAAUAUCACCGUGAAAGCUAGUGCUUUCUGCAGUUGUAACAUUCAGAAACAGAUCAAAGUUAACGUUUUUAUAUCCUCCUACUGAGACUUACAAGACUAAAACAGAUAAUUACAAAUAUUGUUGAGCUUCUCGUUCUUGAAGGAGAAGAAUGGAUGAAACAAGCAAGCGUACUGAUAGCCCUAUUUAUUACUAGACUGCCGACCGUCUAGCUUGCACCGAUUAUUACUAGACUACAGACUGGAAUUGGAAUAGACAGACGAGCCUUCAUCUUUUUCUCAGGAAGGACUGGUUGUUGUUUUCUUGUCACCAUGACUCUUGAAAUUGAUACUAGGCUAAGGGCAGCUCCUGAUGGUCACCUAGAUGCCAUCUUCUCGUUUUCACUAACCUACUCGCGAUACAACAAUAUCUAAUCGUCGUGAUAACUAAGAAUUUCAUUGAUGUAAUUUGAGUAUGGAAGCUCUCAUUCCGGUCGUUGUCUAUCAGAGAAAGGUAUCCCUGUAUCGGUAUAAAAGAAAGUGCUUUUUUGAAAAUGAACUCACUGUUGGAGACUAUGAAUGUCGAUAAAAUGCGGCACGAAGAUGUUAAUGACAUGGUCGCGCUAGUAUAACUAAAGGACGAGUCUUGUUGUUGACGUGAGAACCACAAAUUCGCUUGAUGUGGAUUAUUUUCAUGCCACGACUUUCCUCUUACUGCGCCUCUCUCUGUACAAGAUUUCUUGACUUUCACAAUGAAUUUGAUGUUUCGUCUUUUCUUGGCGCAAUUGCAUACACGAUGAUGUUGCUAUUGCAGCUGAGUCAACCCGCUUUCCUUUCCUGUGCAUAUCAAUGUGUUGUGUGUUUCUACGAUCUUCGGAAUAGAAACCAUAAAAUUUUAGAUUAGUUUUCCAUCAUACUUUCAUACUUACAUAGUUGCUUCAUAUUUUUGAGAUGAGAAUCUCUUUUGAGAUGAGAUUGGGUGGCAUCACGAGUCAUAACAGGUUUCGGAUUGGCGUUGCACUGGUUGACAAAGUCCAUCAUCAUACUACAGAAACAACCCAUUCUGCCUAUCCCUAUGCCAUCUAUGUGAACUUUAUUUUCGACCACAUAUCUUGGUCUUGCCGUGCCCUGGACAGGAACAAGCACAAGCACAAGCACAAGCACAUCAUCGCAGUGAAACAACCACACCGCAUGGGUUCGAGCCCGACGGUGUAGACACGAU